AUGGAAAGCUGGUCCUCCAAAUCCCCGAACAGGGCCAAGCGUCGAAAAAUCUCUGUCGCAUGUGAUGACUGCCGGGCGAGGAAAGUUCGCUGUGAUGGUGUCCAACCUGUGUGUGGACCAUGCAGCAAGAGAACAGACCACGGAGCGCAAUGCAACUACACCGGCGAGUUAGAAAAGCGAAAAGCGAAUCAGAUAUACAUAUCCAACCUUGAAACUCGGAUCAAAGAACUGGAAGGAGCUGAAGGCUCUCAGGAAUCGAGGAAAGGCCCUACACCGAUUUCUACACCACGGCCAACUUUGCCAUCUCCAACACCCCGAGGAACACUGCCCGAGACACCCGGAACCUAUCGAAGUAUCCAGAGUCAAGGUGGUAUAAACACACCCGCGUCCCAACGGGAUGGUGUCAACGCGAUGAUGGGGGCGGUUGAAGGAGAGCGCGCCAGCCAAGGCUUUUUCGGAAGCUCUAGUGCAGCAGGAUUCAUGCGUCAGAUCAGGACCGCGGUUGACAAAAAGGUAGCCCCGGAUUACCGAAGAUCUCCAGCUCCUCAUCUACCCGUGAGUUCAACGCUGCUGUCCACCCGAACAGAGACUGCCCAAAACCCCGUCGCAAAUUAUGUGCUACCCCCCAGGAAAAUGGCGGACAGCCUUAUGGAAGUCUACUGGGACUACGUUUUCCCACUAUAUCCGUUCCUCAUCUCGGCACAAACGAAGAGCGAGUACGCAAAGAUCUGGGCCGGAGAAACUCCGGAGUCGGAUGAAAACAUGCUCAUGUGCACGCUCAAUGUCAUGUUUGCCUUGGCAAGCCAGCUGGCUGACUUUGUCCCACCAACAGAGCGCGAAGCAUCUGCCAAUUCCUUUUUCUCUCGGGCCAAAGGUCUGUUUCAGUUCAAUUUGUGGGAUACUGGAUCGGCAGGUCUGAUCCAAUGUCUGCUUCUAAUGGCCCAGUAUCUACAGAGCACUGAUUCUGCGCAUCAAUGCUGGAUCGUCACUGGACUGGCUAUCAGGAAUGCUCAAAGUCUGGGGCUACACCUUCCCGAGACUAUUAAUAGUCUACAGAGCUUUCAGGAGCAGCAACUAGCCCGAAAGAUCUGGCACGGAUGCGUGUUAAUGGACCGCGUCAUAUCCAUGACAUUCGGCCGCCCUGCGAUGAUCACCAAGGCUUCUAGCGGAGCUGUCCCUCUACCGGCCGCUGUUGACGAAGAAUUCAUUCCAUCGGAGUCAAUGUCAGAGGCCUCCCAGCCGCCCGAUCGGCCUUCGAUGAUGGCCUUUUUUGGAAAGUCACUGGAGCUUUAUGACAUAAUGAACGAUGUACUCGAGAGCCUCUAUAAUCAGUCAACUGAUGUCAGUGGCGAAGACAUUCAUGACUUUUAUUUCAAUAACAUUACAGGCGAGGGGGAGAGGACCAUAUUCGAACUGGAUCACUGCCUUUCUAGGUGGACAAAAAGCAUUCCAAUGCACUUGCGCGGGGACUCGGCAAUGAAAUCUACUAAUCCAAUAUUUUGUCGCCAGAGUAUCGUGCUACGCGCUAGGUUUCUACACGUACGGAUCCUGUUGUUUCGACCAACUCUCUCGCGGUACUGCACGAUUCGAGACAACAUGGCAAGCGACUCGUUGAUACCGAUACACGACUCUUUUCCCCACCGUGUCGCAUUACAGUGUUCUAUAAUAUGCGUCAAAGCCGCCCAAGAAUCUAUCCAGCUGAUUUACAACAACGUACCCUCGGAUGGAACUGGUGGACCUCUGCCUGCAUGGUGGUACAAUGUUCUUUACGUAUAUACAUCUGCGACCGUGUUAAUAGCGGGCCGUUUAUGCUCGGCAAUCCUGGCCGAGGUGUCGGAAGAGUCUAUCACUCAAUCUUGGAACCAAGCAUUGGAGAUUUUGACGAAGUAUCAGAGCUACAGCACAUCUGCAAGACGCUGCAUAGCAGCACUUGAGAUUCUCUACGAGCAGGUAGCAUCUGAGGGUGUGCCUCCAACUCACCAUGGGCCUAGAAGUGAUGAGGAAGAGCGAUCCGCGACAUUUGGCGACAUGUCGUUCGGGGAGGGAAUGAAUACCUCUAUCCUAGACAGCUUUGAGUUCCCUGACUUCCAGGAUAUGUCUUGGCUGAACAGCGUUCCUAGCAAUCUUUACUAG